AUGGCAUUGAAUCGGUCAGUUUACUCGACGGACCACUCCUCGUCCGUCCUGCGCACACACAGCUGGCGCACCGUGGCCAACUCGGCCAACUACCUCAUCCCUCACCUUCGCCCGGAUAUGAAGAUCCUCGACGUCGGGUGUGGCCCAGGCUCCAUCACCAUCGACCUCGCCCGCCUCGUCCCGCAGGGCCACGUUGCCGGAAUUGAAUACGUGCCAGAUCCGCUUGACGGAGCCCGUGCCCUCGCCGCAUCGCAGGGAGUCAACAAUGUCUCAUUCGAUGUCGGCGACAUCCACUCUCUCCCGUUCAACGAUGAUGCAUUUGAUGUCGUCCACGCCCAUCAGGUCCUCCAGCAUAUUGCUGACCCUAUUAAAGCACUAAAGGAGAUGCGUCGCGUGACCAAACCCGGCGGACUGGUUGCCUGCCGAGAAUCCGCCUCUAUGACCUGGUAUCCUGAGUCGAGCACGCUCGACAAGUGGUACAGAGUCACGGCCAAGAUGGCUGCCGCCAAGGGCGGCAAUCCCCAUCCCGGCAGCCACAUCCACGUCUGGGCGGAACAAUCAGGGUUCGCCAAGGGCGACAUCUCCAGGAGCGCCGGGUCGUGGUGCUUUAGCAGCGACGAUGAGCGCGAGUAUUGGGGCGGGUCGAUGGGACAGCGGGCGAGGUCAUCGGGGUUUGCGACAAUGGCGGUGGAGGAGGGCUUCUCGACUGUAGAGGAGCUGGAGGAGGUACAGCAGGGAUGGGAUAAGUUUAGGGAGGAUGGGGAUGCUUGGUUUGGGCUGUUGCACGGUGAGAUUUUGUGCAGGAAGUGAUUCUUUCGCAAGGGUGGUGGCGGCCAACAGGUAGACUUAGAUUCGAUAAAGGGGCCGGUAUGGCAGAAGGUGAUGCGGGAGCCAAGCGUGCUCGACGU